UGGCACUAAGACGACAAAGAUGUAAAUACCCAAAGGGCAAAUCUAUAUUAUUUCGAUGCAUCAAUCUUCAACAAUAAACAAAGAAGAUAUUUCGUGACCGUGUCUAACAUGAAGUCGUCGCAAACCUGUCACAGCCCAUUCGUUUAUCGUCUGAAUCUAUACUGUGUUUACAUAAUCAUCCUUGUAUCCAUCGUCAUGAUCGCUAACCAGUGCAACCUCCUUUCUUCAUUUACUUACAAACAAAGAAAAAACUCGUUCAGAAAUAUUUUGAAUGUUCGAUUUCACUCGGAGUCGAACUCUAAAUUAGAAACAAAGGAAGAUGUGAAUGUUCAAGUUGUAGAAGAGUUUCAAAAUUUUAAUGGCGAUUAUCAAGAUAUGGUUAUCGUUGAAGUAGAUGAAGCAUCCGAUGAAAACUCGACAGGUUUUGAAUAUGUUACUGAUCAACCACUUGUUACCACAUUCGGAAACAUUUCGUUUGAAGAUUACCAAACUUGGCAGGAAUAUCUGAAAACAAAAUCAGAAUAUUCUGACGAAACUUCGUCAAAGCUCGACAAAUCUAUGCCAACGAUAUUAUUCUGGAAUCCAAAACAAUUCCCAGACAGUAUGAUACCGAAAGAACCUAUUUGUGGGGGUGGAUGCAACAUCGUGACAGAUCGAGGGCUGUAUAAUGUUAGUGAUGCGAUUCUCUUUACGAUGAAAGAAUAUAACCUGACUGAUUUGCCGAAUAAAUCGUGGAGAUAUCCCAAUCAAGCGUACGUAUGGUGGUCUGAAGAGAGUACAUGGACUUCCAAGAUCAUGUAUGAGAAGAGGUUGGAUCAGAUAGAAGAAAACUUUUUCAAUUGGACAAUGACAUUUAAACGAACAUCAGACGUAAAUGCAAUGAUGAUUCCGUAUAAAGCCCGUGACUUUGUACGCCAAAGGCUAUAUGAAUAUAAAAAGCUCCAUCCAACUUCAACAGACACGAAAGUUUUACCCGGAGACGAAUUUAUCCCAUCAGGACCCAAAACAGCUAGAGAAAUUUCCUAUUAUAAAUCCCAAGCAUCAAAACUAUUGCAACGGAAGAUCAAAACGGCGGCAUGGGUCGCUACAAAUUGUGGCUACACAGCUGGAGCAGUGUUGCGGAGAGAUCUUGUAACAAAAUUGCAAUUCCAAGGUCUUCAAGUAGAUAUCUACGGUGGAUGUGGCAAUGAAGACGUUCCCAAAACAUUGGCAGACUUUUCUGAAAUGCUAUCAGAGUACAAAUUUUAUCUUGCAUUCGAAAACGCGUUACAUUGUCGGGAUUACAUCACAGAAAAAUUUUGGUAUAACGCACUGUACGCUGGGGUAGUUCCAGUAAUAUGGGGUCCUUUGAAAAUAGACGUAGAAGCAGUUGCACCUCCAGAUUCCUACAUUCACGCCGAAAAUUUUGAUUCGACGGAACACCUUGUUGAUUAUCUUAUACAACUAAGUAAAGAUGAUGAAUUAUAUAUGCGAUAUUUUACAUGGUGGUGGAAAACUCCUGGAUAUUUUCCUAUUUUUGGAGUAACAGAAACGAAAGAAAGCAUAGGUAAUAAAGGUGCCAUGUUUGACUUUGAAAUGAACGGACUCUGUCAUCUUUGUAGUCUUUUAAACAAAGGUGUUCAUAGAAAAUAUAAAAAAUCAAUUCCCUCUCUGCAUAAGUUUUGGUACACAAAUGAAACGAAAACUUGUAUAAGUCGAACCCACAAUGCUAAAUUUGAAAUUUUUGGAAGCAAAAAAGCCAAAACCCCUUACAAGAUAACGGUUGUUUAGUUUUGGACUGGUCCCCAGUCUGGUACUGAACUAAACACUUUCACUGCAUUCAUUUAUUUAUUUUAACAAGCUAAUAUUUUUGCUUUGAUUACAUGUGUUUGAAGAACAGCAAGAACUAAAUCAUUUAUUCUACUUUCUAAUAUUGUGCAGAAUUGAUUUGCAGUUUUUUUUUUUUAUAUUUUUUGCUUUUAUUUUCUUACAAAUGCUAUUGCACUGUGUUGUGUUUUACUGUCAUUGACAUAAUAAUAUUUAUUGCUGAACAUACAGAAAUAUUUGCUUCUUAAAAUUAUCGGACUAAAAUGAUAUAAAUUUUCACAGACAAAUAUAAAUAAUCAGCCGGGACCCCCAGUUUGGAGAUCCCUGAUAUAAACGGA